CUUGUGAAAUCUAAAGUUCCUUCUCUGUAUAACAGUGUAGCUGUCUGUAUUGUCUCGCUCUGUUUAGUGGUUCAGAGUAGGAGGUUAAAAUGCACGUGAUAGCCAAAAGCUGUGUCCUACUUUUGUGGGUGCAAUUACUGGCCUCUGUAAAAUGUCAGGACUGUACACUUCAACAGUUUAAAAACAGCGGUAGGUUUGAUUCCACUUUUGAUGUAAGUGGUUUGGAUAAUACUUACAGUGGAGGAAAACAGGUGAGAGUCCCCUGCAACGUUGGCUAUGGUGGCUUUUUCAAAAUGAUCUGUACUGAACAGGGCUGGGAGUUUAUAGGGACAAAUUGCCAACCAAAAUCAUGUGGUCAUCCCGGCGAUGCCCAAUUUGCAGAUUUUCGACUCGAGAUCGGAGAAGAUUUUGUCUUUGGAUCGCAGGUUGUUUAUGAGUGCUACAGAGGUUAUCACAUGGUCAGUCGGACAAGCCGCAGACGUUGCGUGGCAGAUGGCUGGGAUGGCAACAUUCCAGUGUGUGAAGCCACUAAAUGUCCAGUCUUUCAUGUGGACAACAAUGUCCAGGUUUUAGGGGAUCCAGAAGAAGCCUCCUCUGGCAACGUUAUUCGGUUUAGCUGCAAGUCAAAUGAUGAAAUCUUGAAUGGGUUAAAAGAGAUUUAUUGCAAGGAUGAUGGAGAGUGGAGUGCCCCGGUUCCAAUAUGCAAAGCAAUAAGAUGUUCCGUCCCUCAGAUUGAACAUGGCAGUGUGCUUAGUGGCUCUCGAGAGUACAAAGAAAAUGAAAUCUUAAAUUUUAGAUGCGAUCCUACUUAUAAAAAGGCGACCGAGAGACUUCCAAAAUGCACAAAAUUUGCAGGAAAUGCAGAUUGGAGCCCAACACCUGCAUGUGAAUUAAUAAAAUGUCAUCUGACUCUGCCACCACUGACUGGGACAACAUAUGACCCUCCGAACAAAAACAUGUUUUCACCUGGAGAAACACUGAGAGUCUCAUGUGGGGAGCAACACUGGAUUCUGGACACUCGAACAAGGUUGACCGAGGUUACUUGUUUAGACAAUGGAGACUGGAACACGGAUCCUGUAUGCCAAGAGGUUAUAUGCCCUGGAUACAUAUACGAAGAACAUUAUACAGUUAACACUUGGGGAAGAAAAAAAUUAGGGGACAGAGCUACAUAUCACUGUGAUCACAACUACCAGGCCACACAUGCAGAUCGGAAAGCGACUUGUUCCAGAGAUGGGUGGGGACCAAAACCACUUUGCCGAGGAACAUCGUGUGAAAAACCCAACAUUGAAAAUAUCAGGAUUACCAGAAAUGAUAAGAGAUAUUACAGCCACAAUGAAAAGCUCACAUACGAGUGUUUGGGAGGGACUCCAAAUACUGUUACCAUCACCUGUGUGGAAGGCACCUGGCAGGGGAUAGAGCAAUGUUCAGGCGAGAGACCUUGUGUAAAACCUGAUUUUACAAAUGGAUUUACAGUUAGCGUUUCUGAGGACACAUUGUACUAUUCCUGUAAUGAAAAUUACAGACUUCCUACCAAAAACUGGUGGGGGCAGGCUAAAUGUAAAGACGGUGUGUGGGACGGACUUCAUCCAUGUAUAGAAAAAGGCAUGUGUGGAGAAGCUCCAGUGAUUUCCAACGGAAGAGUGAUAGUUGAAAAAAGAAGUGUUAAGAUUGAGUGCAAUGAAGGAUACAUUGGUGAGCCUGAUGGACUAACUUGUCAAAAUGGAAGAUGGAGUUUUGGUGAAUUUACGCCAAAAACAAUCUGUCGUGCAACCGCUAAACACUGUAGCCCACCACCCAGAGUUGAGAAUGCAAUCGUCACUGUGUCGUAUCAGAAGGAAUACUUGGCUGACUCCUCUGUGACUUAUCAGUGCCGUCAAAAGUAUAUAUUAGAGGAAGAAGCCACCAUUGCAUGCCAAGCUGGGAAAUGGGAAACGAAGAACAUCAAGUGUAUCUCCUUUUGUGAGAGGCUCAGUGAUUCACGACUGACAGUUACAGAUACGGAUAAAGAAACAUAUAUGGAAGGAGAUGUGAUUGCGUAUGUAUGCACUGCUCCUGGUGCAAAUGCAGAAGGCAACGCGACAUGUAAGAACGGCAAGUGGAUAAAAACUGAAAAAUGUCCAGGCAUUCCUUGCAAAGUUCCACAAUUGGGUCUUGGUCUUAGAUUUUUCGGAAUUCAACCCAAAAAUAAUGAAGUGAAUCCUGAAGUUAAAGUAGUGUUUUCCUGUGAAGAUGAAUAUGAUCUGGAGGGUUCUGAUGAAAUUCUGUGUUUAGAAACAGGGAAUUGGAAUGCCCCGUUGCCUACCUGCUCUGAGAAAUGCAGUUUACCAGAUCCUCUACCGGAUAAUGUUUUCAUUACUUCAUCUAUACAAGGCAAUGCUAUACGUAAAGGAGAUCAAAUAUCAUUUGGUUGUAAGUCCUCAUUCCUACUGAAAGGGAGUGAAACAAUGACAUGUGUGGAAAACGGAGAGUGGAGCGACCCCCUGCCUAAGUGUGAAGAGAAAUGCAGUUUACCAGAUCCUCUACCGGAUAAUGUUCUCAUUACGUCAUCUAUACAAGGCAAUGCUGUACGUAAAGGAGAUCAAAUAUCAUUUGCUUGUAAGUCCUCACUCCCAAUGAAAGGGAGUGAAACAAUUACAUGUGUGGAAAACGAAAAGUGGAGCAACCCCCUGCCUAAGUGUGAAGGUGCUUCAGGUUGUUCAGCACCACCAGGUCUUACAGAUGGAGACACUACUUCAAUUACCAGAUCAGAUUCACGAUACCGACACGGUGACAAAGUUGAAUACAUCUGUCAGCCUAAUUAUAAAAUGGACGGAGGCCCAUUUAAAACCUGUGAUAAUGGCAUAUGGACAGGAGAGAUGAGAUGUCUCAAACCGUGCACUGUGACCAAGCAACUAAUGAACACAAAUAAUAUUCAGUUUAGAUAUUCUGGGGAGAGCAAACUAUAUACACCACAUUUGGAUCGCCUUACAUUUUCUUGUAAAAAGAGAACAAGUCAUGUUGGCUCAGUGCCUCUGCGUGUACAGUGUAAUGAUGGUGUGAUAACCCUGCCCACCUGCCAGUAAAAGUUAGCAGUGAGCUUAAUAAAAAAAUAUAUAUUCACAUAAAUAUGUGACUUAGUACAAUAAAGAAGUAUGUACUUCACUGCUGUUUUGGUCAUUUCAAUAAAAUGAAUAAAGAUUUGUCUUCCUUUG